AUGACCCCUCUGGAUGAAAUCAUGAGCCAAUCCGAGGUUAUUACUUCAAGUAUAUUGAAAGAGGAAACACAGCUGUUUCAACCAACUUCUACAACUUCAGUUAUACAGGUGACCAGAUGGGAGAAUGUAGAUAUAACACCUCAACUCCGGGUAUCUGACAUUACAACUGUAAACACAACACCUUUACUUCAACCAUCUGGUCUAGAGGUUGCAACUUCAGCCAAUCAUGAAAACAGUCUCAGCCAGGGGCAACAACAAGAACUGAUUUCUUCUACAACUUCGGAUCACUCCCACACGCCAGAAAUUUCACAAAGAAGCCCAACUUUAACAUCCAAUGUUGAGAGUUCUGUGUUGUACACAAGGCCUGACACUCAGAUGCCAGCAAACAGCGCUUCUUCUGAAGCAUCAUCCACAUCCGGCAGUUAUGCCUCAGCACAUACUCCCAGCACAGCAGCACAUUCCAACAGCAUUCUCUCAACCACCAACAUCAGCUCACAGAUACCCAGCAGCAUCACAUCAACAUUCACAGUCAUCCCCACCAGUGACAUCAAAAUCAUACCAGCCCUAAAUAGUUUAACAAACGCCUCAGAAGAUCUGAACCAGCAAAAACAAUCCCAUGAGAUUAGCACUUCAGAGCCACCACCACUGACAUCAUCAAGCACAUUUGCCUUGAGAACGACACUACCUGUGACUCAUUUAGCUCUGUCCACCAGCAACCCUCCAACCGUCACAUCAGCUCUUAACAAUGCUCCCACAACCAUCACACCAUGUCCAAUAGCAACGACCCUAGAACUGUCAACAACAGACAGCCUCACGCAGACCAGAACCCCACAGCUACCCACUUGGUCAGCCUCAAGGACGGAAUCUUUAUCAAGCAUUCGAGGAAGUGAGUUUGUGAACGAAGAAGUAUACACUGGCAUCACUUCAGUGACCGGAAAUACCGCAGUCCCUGUCAUUACAUGGGCAGUUCCUGACAUGACAAUGGCAGUUCCUGACACGACACAGAUAGCUCCUUCCCCAACACAGACAGUUUGUGACUCAAAACAAGCACUAUCUGAUGACUCAAACGGCACUGACUCUAACAGCCACAGUAAAGGUGAUUCAAGAAAACCUGCAGCGAAGCCCGAUAACCGACUACCAACCUUCUCCAGCUCUACAGACAUGAAACUGAGAGCGAUCAUUAUUACAGUUUCCACAACACUUUUGGCUCUAAUUAUCGGUCUUUUCAUCGCAAUUAUCAUCAUAAAAUACCGCAAAAAACACAAGCACGUCUCUUUUGAUGACAAAACAACAAACAUCACAGAUGUUCAGACAGAAACAUCAGACACCGUGUUUAUUAUCAGUCACAUGGAAGGAGGUCACAACUUGAACUCUGACACGGCUUGGGAUGGUAAAACAAGUACUUCUUCCCCAAAAGACACAUCAAAGGUAGAGAACGGCAGCAAACUGACAAAGAAAAGCUUAAAGUUCAGCAGACAAUCUGUCUCUGCGGUUAUUUCCAAGACUAAGUUUGACUGCAUCAAAGGUCAAACAGAGGAUGAUUCAGAACUACUUAUGUAUUCUUGGACAUGA